AUGAAAUCUUCGUAUAGUAGUAUGCUUCUUUUUCUUGUAACCUUAUCAAUCGUGUGCUUCGUGAAUGAUGCUCACAUGGAUCCGACAUACGGAUUUGUUGAAGUAACGCUAAACGAAAGCAACUUUAUACGUCAGAAGCCUUACGAUAUACCACUCGAGCAACGCUAUAGCUACGUAAAUGGGACUCAUCGUUUUUGGGUAUAUGCAGACGAUAAGCCGCAAACUCUUGGUAGUAACACACAACCACGCACCGAAAUCCACUUACUUCCAAACUACACUUCAGGAGUAUGGCAAUUUGAAGGACAAGCCUUUGUCCCGAAUGGAACAAGUGGUGCAACGAUAGUUCAGAUCCAUGGUGCGGCCCAUGGUAACACGACGUUAUUACUUAGAAUUUACAAUGGAGAUAUGAGGUACUACAGUACACAAGUGAUAGAUACUAAUCUAUAUGAUAAAUGGUUUAAAGUUAACAUAAUACAUGAUGUGGAUGGAGGGGAAGUAAUAGUAUUUGUUGAUAACAAAGAGAAGUAUAAAAUGCCGGAUCAAGGACCCGGUAUCUUGUUCUACAAAUUCGGAGUCUAUGGUGCCCCGAAAAAUAUUAGCUACUACAUGGAAUCAAGAUGGAAAGACGUCAAACUUUACAAAAAAUGCUAG